GUCAUUUAGUCUGGCAAAAUAACAUGGCGCACUAGCUGUAACACUGAAAGUCUGGGAGGUUUGUGGUCAGAGAUGUAUGUAUGCUUGAAUUAAAAGAUAAUCAAUUUCAGAAGAUGUUUUAAUACUUGUAGUACCAAAAUGAAUCAUUUGCUGCUUUUUAUGGUUUCCUUUCUGGUUCUUACUUGGCUUGUUGAAGGGACAGAGGUUAAAUUGAACACACCUUACACUCUGGUUUUGUCAAAUCAAACGUUGUCAAAGUACAAAUUAAUUCAGUUAUCUAUACAGCCAAAUCGAUAUGGCUUUGUUGUAAACCAACUGCAUAGUCAGCAUAAAGCAGUAGUAACUUCAUUUCUGAAAAAGUCAAGUUAUGGCAAUGAAUACACUUCUACAAAUGCUGGGCUUGUCAAGAUGCUGCAAGAUCAAGAAUUUAUUUCUAGAACGUAUUUGGGAGUUGCUUCCAACAACUUUGUUAAUGCAGUCUUUUUUUCAAUUCCAGCCAUUAAAUUUAGUCCAGUGCCUGGCGCAUGUUGUCUAACAUGUUCACUUGAAAUCAAUCCAAAUAUUAAAGUUACAUAUCAAUCAUUUAAAACUACUGUUCAAUUUGAAAGGGCUAGUGCCUAUUGGCGAUAUCCGAAAGGCUAUCCACAGUGUGAUGACAAAGUUGUUCCUAGAACAUUCAGUUUAGUUUAUGACAUUUAUUAUUAUUUUCUAAAUGAAAAUGACUUGUCAGAGAAAGGACUGUUUGAUGGACUGUGGAAAAUGGCAACUCCUGACAACAUCAAAGAAAACGGUAAACAUUUAACAACAAUUAAGGGAGCAGAAAUCCUCUCUGCAGCUACAGAAAAACUUUUUGCUCAAGGAGUUAUAUUUAAUGUUAUAGUAACAGAUUCUUCUACUGGUUAUUCAGCAGCAUAUGUGCCUGCUGCGACUUAUGGAUGUAAUUUUACAAGCACAGACAAUGAGUGCCUUUCUAAAGGUUCAGCUGUAUCACUAACCUACAGCAUAAUAUUUGCUUUACUUGGCAUUGUGAUGUGUUUUGCUGGAUUCAAAUUAUUCCGUAUUCUGCUUUUUUUGUCAGGAAUGGUAUUCUUUUGGCUGAUUAUCUAUACAAUUUUAGCUAGAUACUCUGUUGAAUGGGAAAGUGAUGAAUUACUGAUUGUUUCUUCGAUGUGUUCAUUGGUUGGUGGAGCAAUUGUUUUGUUUUUGUACGCUUUCCGAAAAGUGUUUUACCUUUGCAUCCUAAAUGUUUGUUUGUCAUUUGGUAUGUUUAUUGCAGCUGUUAUGUUUUACACACCCUUUGGUUAUUAUGAAUUCUGGAAUGAAUACUAUCGAUUUUUGCUUGGCUAUGUUUGUGUCACAAUGUUCAUUGCAACAAUAUUUCUAUUUUUUCCAAAAGUAGUUUGUUAUUUAUUUUCAAGCCUUUUAGGAUCGUAUGCUAUAAUUUUAUUACCAAACUAUUUUUUACAAGCAAACAUGCAUUACAUCGUUGUCACAGUUUUGUUGCGUAUGACUGUCGAAGAUUUCGGUUCAUCCUACUUACGAAGACCAUAUCAACAACCUGAAUAUAUUUUAACUGGAGCUUGGGCAGCUUUAUUUGUUAUUGGGUUUAUUGUACAGUAUUUUACCUCAAGAAACGAUGAAUUUGAAGUUUCUGGGAAAGAAAUACGACGGAAAGCCUGGGAAAAAUUUAGCGAGAGCGUACAUCUUUCCAGAAGAGGGAGAAGACAGAAGAAAAAGAAACAAACAUAUUACACUCCUGAAAGUGAUGAAAGAACACCGUUGAUUAUAAACGGCACUAAUGAUCAAAUGACUUUCAGUAGUUUUGGUCAUACUAGGAAUGUCAACCAAGCUGAUGUUACAGAUAAUGUUGCAUUUCCACUACAAUCUCCUGAUUCACUUGAGUCAACCCCACUUCUGCAUAAAUCAGCAGCUCAGAGUUAUACUGAACCGACAGCCCCGCCUCGUGGAGACGAAAGGUAUCCAAAGUUUGCAUAUGCGUAAAGUAGGAAUCAGAUGUUUUGUAUUCACAUUGUUCAGAAAUAAUUUUUCUUUUUUAUUGUUUUCUAAAAUCUUGACUAAAAUUAUAUCCUUAAUUUUUUGAAUAUGUUAUUAAGUUAAACUCUUUGCAACCCCAAAAAAAUUUUAAUAGAAAAUUUCUUUUAACUAGACAUGCAAAUCAAGCUAAAGUCAGACUUGUUUAUCUUAUGUAUGUGUGUGUUUGUUGGUGUACUGUAUGUAUAAAUCUUUUCUUGUUGUAGCAGAGAAGCAAAUUAUUUUUAGCUGAAGAGAUGCUCUCCUUUGUCUUCAUCAUGAAAAAAACUUUCUUACAGUUAAAAGAUGUUAAUAAAUUUUCUACUCAUUUGAUUAAAGUCUUCUAGUUUGAGUCCUUUUUUUGCAAAGUGCUGGAAAAUCUAACUAAUUAAUAUUAGAUUGUUGUCUCUGCACUUGUUUUUUUGUAUGUUUUGACAAUAAACCUGUUGGUUUAAAUUAUUAGUAUCCCACAAUUUUUUAAUACAUUAUUCAAAUUUUUUUUUUCUAUAUCAUAAUUAUGGCUGUUCACAUUUAAAUUAAAAACUUGUUUUCUGCAUGAUUACCAAGAAUACCCCCUGUCUUUUAGUAGGACAUAUAUACUUGUUAAUAUAUUAAUAAUAGCCAUAUUCGGUCUGUCUUUGUGCAAAUGGUACUGCCAAGGAUGGGCAUGGAUUUAUCCAAGAGUCAUUGACUAGUAUAUUAUUUUGAGACGUUGAAGACUAUUUUUAACUAAUUCUUUGCUCCAAAGUCUUGCAGUAUUAAAGCAGUAUAUAAUGUUUGGUAUCAGAUCUUAACGAUAAAAAAAGUUAUUUCAAUGCAUAUGUUACAGUGAAACACAUAUAUACACAGCAUUUAACGAUUAAUAAUGCAUAAAUUAUAUUUACAAGUUUGCAUUAUUUUAAUACAAUAAAAAGACUUAUUAAAAGAAAAAUAUAUUUUAGGUCAGAAUUUUCAGUAUUUUUUUUGUACAAAAGAUAUAUAUCUUCCCUUUUAUAGAUUACAAUAAAAACUAUUUGCAACAACCGAAAAUAUAUUAACUAAGAUAUAAGGUUUUUUAAUACUGCAAAUGGUAUCAUCUCCUUAUAGCAAUUUUUGUGCAAGUCUUUUGUGGUGCUCUUUAUUAUCAAUACUUUACAAGAAAAGCCCCCUGUUACAUCAUGUACGAUCUGUGAACCUGAUAAUGUUUAUUGUGUCUUGACCCAUGUUUACGUUGCAUCUCUAUACUUUAACAGGUUUUUGUAUCUGUCCUUUUUUUUUUAAAAUUUGUAAAAGAAUUAUAUUUUUAUUUCUAUUUUUUUGCUAUUAUCAUUAACAAAGUAGUUUUGUAGUUAUUAACAUUUGUGAAUAAUGAAUAAAUAAAUCCGGGUUUACAUUGAUCGAUUAAUUUUAGAAGUUUUUGUUUUAGCUGCAAAAGAUAUAUUGUGUACAAGCAUACAUUUUCUAUGAAUAAUUUUUUAACAUGUUUAACAUUCAAGAUCCAUUCAAUGUUUUUAUUAAAGGCCUUCAAGGCUAAUUAAUUUUUUUGUGUAAUUCAUCAGUGUAAACCCAGCAUUAUGUAUAGAACAACAUUACAAGAGCUUAAAUUUAGUAAAAAUAUAUGCAAAUAUUAUGUGUCCUUCAUAUUUUGUUGACUGUGCCUAUUCCUUUGUUAUUAUUCCGUAUUGAUGUAUUUUAUUAUUUUGGUUUUUAUUGUUGUUUUGAAUUUUUGUACUUUAAAUUUUUUUCUCUAUUAAAUAUUAAAUAUUUUUGUAUGCAGUUUUAUAUUUUCUUAGAUUAUUCAUUUCUUAUGGCGGUA